UUCAAUCAAGUAGUCGCGAGUGUUUCUCAAGACUGUACAGUCAAGUUUUUUUUUUUUUAAUAAACUGAAGAUCAUGGAAUUCCUUCCACCGGAAUGUGCAGCUCGUUCUGCCGGACCGGCAAACAAAUUAAUGUCCUUGUUGUUUCACACAUUAAUUAGUUCGUAUUGUUCAAUAUCCGAGCCAUCAAUGUGGCCAAUGGAUCAUGGGCACACAUUGGCAACGAGAGGAUUGGAUACAUAUGAUUUUGUUGUGGUUGGAGCUGGAUCAGCAGGUGCUGUAGUCGCUGGACGUUUAUCUGAGAAUCCCGCUUGGAAAGUUUUACUAUUGGAUGCUGGUGGAAAUCCACCAAUUGAAGAAGAGGUUGUUGGUUGGCACAUUAGUACUCAACAUUCCCGUUGGGAUUGGCAAUUCCAAACAGAACCAAAUGGCAAAUCAUGCAUGGCAAUGAAAGGCGAACGUUGUCACUGGCCUAGAGGAAAAAUGCUUGGCGGUACAAACGGUAUGAAUGCUAUGAUCUACGCCCGUGGAACUCGGAAAGAUUUCGAUGACUGGGAAGCUUGGGGCAAUCCUACAUGGGGCUAUGAUGAUGUUUUGAAAUAUUUCCAAAAGGCCGAAAAUCUUCGUUCCCCGCGAACUGGUUAUACCGAAGGCGAUCAUGGCAAGGGAGGGCCAAUGGGUUUGAAUAAUUUCGUUAGUGACAAUGAAUUCCGUUCGACAAUUCGUGCUGGUAUUGAAGAAUUGGGUUACCCUACUGUGACUGACUUUACCGAAGGUUCAUUUGUUGGUUAUAUGGAUGUUUUGGGAACUCAGGAAAAAGGACGUCGAAUUACAACAGUUCAUUCGCAUAUUCUCCCGGUGAAGGACCGAAGCAAUUUGCACGUUAUUCGAAAUGCUCAAGUGAAGAAAAUUAACUUUGACGAUAACAAGCGUGUUACUGGAUUGACAUUUGUUCAUGAAGGUACCAGAGAUUACACAGUGAAUGUUCGCAAAGAAGUUGUUGUAUCUGCCGGAUCGAUUGGCACUCCUCAAAUUUUGAUGCUGUCUGGUGUUGGCCCCAAGGCUCACCUUGAGGAACAUGGAAUUCCAGUGGUUGUAGAUUCACCAGUUGGUAAGAACUUGAAGGAUCAUGCUAGUCUUCCGAUGAUCUUCAAGAUUGACAAAUCGACUGCCAGUCCAGCUGAUCAAGAGGAACUUGUUGAUGCAAUGUACAAUUUGCUUAUGGGUCGUCAGAGCAAAUUGUUACAUCAUGAAGCAACCUCAUUUACAGGAUUUAUCAAUACCACAGAUCUUAAAGGGCCUAAUCCAGAUAUCCAAACAACACAUUUCUUCAGUCGUAUGAAUAGUCCUGAAUUGAAACAUUACGUGGAAGCAACUGGAUACAAUGAAGGUGUUGCCAAAUCUGUUCUCAGUGCUAACGAAAAGACUAACACUUUGAUCAUCUACAUGCUUUUGCUAAAGCCUAAAUCAAUGGGUGAAGUAACUUUGGCAAGUGCUAAUUACUUGGAUGCUCCAAAAAUGCAACCAAACUACAAUGAUGCUGAUGAAGAUCUUCAAACUUAUAUCAGAGCUUGUAAUAUUUACUCGAAAUUAGUUGAAACAAAGGCUUUCAAACAACGUGAAGCUGAAUUACACAAGCUUGAUUUACCUCGUUGCAAUGAUUUGCCAUACAAAUCAGAUGAAUAUUGGAAGUGUUAUACUUCUUAUAUGACAAAGACUGUAUAUCAUCCUGUGAGCACAGCCAAAAUGGGACCCGAGACUGAUAAGUUAGCUGUAGUUGAUUGGAGACUGAAGGUACGCGGAGUUAGGGGUCUUCGUGUGGCCGAUGCAAGUGUUAUGCCUGAUAUUGUGGCCGCAAAUACAAAUGCAGCUACUAUUAUGAUUGGUGAGAAAGCUGCUCAUAUGAUUCAGGAAGAUUGGGCGGGCAAGACAAAGGAUGAGUUGUAAGUCCAGUUGUUGUGGAUUAAGAAGUAUAGUAGUGUUAAAGAUUUUAAUAAAGUGUUAUAUUUUUGUACGUUAAAA